AUGGACAAUCUGGCUGAAAGCCUAGGAAGUACUUCCUUGAAUGAUCCACCUGACCUGGAACAGCUACUCUUCAAACCUCAAGCAGAUAGCGGAUUCCCACAAACAGCCCUAGACAACAUUCCCCGGUACCUCUUUCGCGUCGUCUCCCCCCUUUCCGCCGGCGAAACAAACGAGAAAUGGGUCUUCUCGGAGGCGGCCUACUGCGACGAUGGUUCAUCCAAAGAAGACAUAUUCGAUUACUUGGAUAACGAAAAACGAACAACAAUAGCCCGGACACUCAACUUGCAUUUUAGAUGGUGGCCAAAGCGCGAAUUAGAGGAUAAUUUCGUAUCAUGGACCAGCUCACUCCUCGACGCAAUUCAGUUCAUCUACUACCGACAUCUGAGCCCAAGAGACAAAUCAGAACUAGAUGAUAUCAAUCUGUUCAUCAUUGACACCACAUUAUUCCCUAGAGGCACAUUUCUUCGUGACCUGGAUCUAAUCGAUACGUUCUGUGAUUACGAUACCCAUGAGCCUACGAAGAAUUUGGAAGAUGUGAGAUGUAUGCGCGGCGACAAUUAUUUCGGAGAAUACCUUUCCCAAGGCGAACUUAAGAUCGAGGGAAAGUGCGAGAUAAUUUCUGCUGAAUCUCUCUUUCAGCGUGAUCGACUACGUCGGGUGCAGCCUCAUUUCCUUGAAUUCCAUGAACUGCCCACGCGCAACGGAAAGCCUAUAUGGGCUAUUGAAGUCAUUCGCCUUCGUGAGGCUAUAUGGACAUAUGCAGAUGCACCAGUAUCUUCAGAAGAUAUGAUUGAUCGUUUAGACGCCGUUAACGAGAUUAUACAAGAUCUCAAGCCUGGCUGGAGAUUCCCUCUUGCAGUAUAUUUCACAGCCCUGAUUGGCGCAGAAUCGACAAUGGAAGAUAAAAGGACUGGAAUCGAUAAUGUCUUCUUAAGGCAUUUCAGAUCUGUUUUUUCUACGGCCGUCUUACUGAAAAAUCUAGACGACCUCCCUUUCGAUUUCAAUGUUGUUGCACCGGAGUCAAUGCCGGAAAUGACGCAGGUCGAACAACUUCUUCGUGAAAUAUAUAAGUUCUACUUGUUGGAACAGGCGUUAGGUUAG